AUGGGUUAUACAAUGCAGAGCGACCGAGGGCAACAGAGUUUAGACACAUUGACUGACAAAACAAUUAAUGUGACAUUUGUGAUUGAUGAGUUUGCCAGUGUAGAUGCACUAGUUCAAAAGAAUAGCCGUGUAUUGGUCAGAGUCGGAUGGGUGAGAUCGAUGUUGUCUUCAAUUGUUAGUGUCAAAGAGUUUGGAAUGCUUAUGCAAGAUGAAGGAGCUAAAAAGAAUGGAGGAGGUUCUAGAAGAGUAAGCAUGGCUGUUGGAUGCAAUUCAAAGCUGAUUGAUGUAGUUCCAGGUAUUCUUCGUUGUGAAGUGGAGAUUGAUGAGCUUAUGAAGAGGUGCAGAUUGGUGUGGAACGAUAGAGUGAUACAUCCAUUGACUGAGUUUAGAGACCUUGAAGAUGGAUGUACCGUUGCAAUCGUCCGGAUUGCACACACAAAUGAUGGAAGAGUGUUGUCGAUUGAUGACUGGGCAAUGAUGAGGAAUGUAGUGUGUGGACUGAGGAAUCAAGGAAACACUUGUUUUAUGAACAGUGGAUUACAGUGCUUGAUGAACUGUUGGAAGUUUUCUGAGUACUUCAUGCAUAAGGAGCAUGAAUUGGUGCUGAAUAAAAAUCUACCGAAGAAGGUGGCGCUUGUUGAUGCAUAUUCCAAACUUGUGCAGCAAAUGCAUGAUGAAAAGGCUCGUGUAAUCACACCAAGUGAGAUAAAGAAGUGUAUGGGAGACCUAUACAUUGAGUAUGAUGAGAAUGAAGAGCAAGAUGUCAUUGAGUUUGUUGGCAAGUUGUUAGACUCGCUUCAUGAAGGGAUGGUAAUCAGGACGGGUAAAAAGGACGAAGGAUGGUGGAGCUCAAACAAGUCUAUUGUGACAGACCUGUUUUUCUUUAACCUAAAGUCAACGCUUGGAUGUUUGAGAUGUAGUAAGGAGAAGAUUUGCACAGAACCUUGUAUGUAUUUAUCACUACCUAUUCCUUUAAAGCACAGAAGAGAUGUAAUAUUGUUCUAUGAGUCAGCUGAUAGAGGACCAGUGAGUAUACGUGUGAAUGAGCAUCUCGAAAUAGAGGAGAUGAAGACAAUAAUGAGAAAUGAUUACGGAGUGAGAGGCAUGAUUAUCUGUGUGGUUUAUGAUAAAAAUGGAGGAGCGCAUGAAUUCAAGGAUGGAAUACUCAAGGACAUUGAUCGUAAGCUGUUUUGCUAUGAAUACUUUGAAUCGAAGAUUGGAUCAUAUUUCUGGAUAUGCUUGAAGAGCAGAGGAAUCCUUAUGGAGAAAACACUAGGUAUUUCAUUAUUAGCGCAUGGAAAGAUUGAUGAUGAAUCAUGUAUGUAUAGAGCGGUGUGUGAUGCGCUUUUUGGAGUGAUUGAUGAGGAAAUUAGAUGGAUGCUUGAUGAUUCAAUGGUGUCGUCAUAUCUCAAGAUAGAAUAUCCUUCAAAUGCACAAGGAGGACUGUUAGGCAUACCUGUUCUGAAUGUGGUUAGCAAGAGCCAUGGAGGAUGUAAAGUGUUUGAUGGACCAAGCAGCAUUCCUUGCAUUAACACGGGUGGGAAUGAUGGGUCUACCACAAUUGAUGAUUGCCUGGAUGCAUUUCUUGAGAAAGAGGAGUUUGGGAGCUUUGAGCUUCUUGAGUGCGAGGGAUGCGGAGGAAAGCAGAGGUUUUCAAAGAAGAUGGACUUUGUAAGUCAUCCUGUGUAUUUGAUUAUACAGUUAAAGCGGUUUGAGUAUGUGAAUGGAUUAAUAGUGAAGAUAUCGACGCCUGUUGCAUAUUCUACGGAGGAGAUGGUUAUAGGAGGCAUACGCUACAGAACGAUUGGAGUGUGCAACCAUGAUUCACGGUACUCUACUGCUACUGGGCAUUAUGUAAGCUAUGUAAGGAAAGAUCAAUGGUACCUGUGCAAUGACCAGAGGAUCAUUGAAGUGAAUGGCGUGAAUAAGGACGACACAUAUGUGAUUUUUCUGGAAAGAAUGGAAUAG